CGGAAAUAUCUUUAUCUCUCUCUGACAUCCGUUCUGUCAAACUCUUUUUGCGGCGUGUAAUGGUGGAGUGCUAGUAACUCCCCACGAUGCAGAUUUUCGUAAAAACCCUGACUGGCAAGACCAUCACUCUUGAGGUCGAGCCGUCAGACACCAUCGAAAAUGUAAAGGCUAAGAUUCAGGACAAAGAGGGGAUUCCCCCGGAUCAACAACGUCUCAUCUUUGCCGGUAAACAACUCGAAGAUGGACGCACCCUCUCUGAUUACAAUAUCCAGAAGGAAUCCACUCUUCAUUUAGUUUUACGACUCAGAGGUGGCGCCAAAAAGCGCAAGAAGAAGAAUUACUCGACACCGAAAAAAAUCAAACACAAGAAGAAGAAGGUCAAGUUGGCUGUCUUGAAGUUCUAUAAGGUGGACGAAAAUGGAAAAAUCCACAGAUUGAGACGCGAAUGCCCCGGUGAACAGUGCGGAGCCGGCGUUUUCAUGGCCGCUAUGGAAGAUCGCCAUUAUUGCGGAAAGUGUGGAUACACUUUAGUUUUUGCUAAACCAGAGGACAAGUGAAGUAUACAUUGUAUAAUAUAAAUUGUUAAAAACUUGAAAUAGGAAAUAAAACUGUUUCAAGGA